AUGUCCUUGGCAGAUCCUGUGAAAAUGGAACUAGAGAAAGCUUUGCUUGACACUUCCCAAGGCUUGCUUGGGAAGUGGAGGCAUGUGUUGGAUGUGCUGCUCUCCAACAAAGUGGCAUUCAAAGCCAAGCUCCCAGUGACCAGCUUGCUGGUUCACCCACAGAACAGAGGAGGAAGUGGCCUGCAACCUUUUGGUAUGCACCACAAGGGGGCCAAGAUAGUGCAAUGUGGCGCCAGCUUGGAUCAGCUGAUAGGGUCAGUGUGCUUUGAAAUGCACCCUUCAGAAGAGAAAAGGAACAAACAGAUAGACUUCAACCAGCAGCUGGUUGCUUCUAGCAAUGGAUUGAUGUCACCCAUUUUGGGUGGUGAAAGGUAUGCUACAGUCUCUUCGACACACACAUCCCAAUUUUGCAAGGCACUGCUACAUGGCUGCAAGACACCAGAGGAGAGCCUGCAGGACAGCCAUGGAAACUUAAUCUUGGAAAUGCUUGGCAAAGACAGUGUACUCAAAGAGAUGGCAACUGAUGGCUGGGAAUGGAUUGUCAUUCCUUGGUAUGUCGAAGAUGCCUUCCCCAAGCUGCCAGCCACAAUUGCUGAUGCACUCAAUAGUGUCAAUGGCAUCUUUGAAGCUCAGGGGGAACUAGAGCUUGCAUUGACAAUUGCCAAUGCAGCUGUGGGGGCAGAGGCCUUUGAAUGGGAUGAGCUGGAGUUUCAAAAGCAAUUUGGGAACUCAUGCUUUGUUGGCAAGGAGUUCUUUGUCAGCUUGCUUGACCUCAACCUGGUGCCUACAAGCAUGACCACUUUUGUGAAGAUUGCAAUUUUGGCAACACAAGUGGCAGCUCCAGAAAGCAAAAGAGUGGAUGGCUUCUCCAGGUUCUUGACCAAGGGAGAUCUGCAAGUGCUGAAGAACAAGAAGAAGCAAGCUCAAGUCACUGAAGCAGAGGAUGUCUUAGCCAAGUGCUGGCAAAAGUUGCUGGGCACUGACCUGGACCAAAUGGAAAAGAACAAGGCAUUUGGAAAAGCCUGCUUGAGGGCAACACUCCAUCUGUUGAAAAAAGAGAAGCUUGGCAGAGAUAGCACUGAGUUCAAGUGUCUGGCUGAAAUUGGGGAAGCAUUUGAUGCAGAUCUUGCACUUGCUGGCAAAAAGGUGCCAACCCUGAGCACUAAGCCUGCAAAGAAAGAAUGCGCUGUGUCCUUGCAAGAAGGACAAAACCCUAUGUUCAUGGCAGGCUUGAAGGUUGCACUUGAAAAGGGUGAACACUAUGUGCACAAGGACUACCCCAACAUGGUCUUCAAGCUGGACAAUUUGGACAGCAACUUUGCCCACCUGUCUUCCACAGACUUGGUUUCCAAAAAGACUACAAGUCUGAAGUUGGAUGGGAUUGAGAUUGUGGAGAAACUCAAAAAGACAAAGCAAAAGAUUGGUGACCUUCUUGGUGGCAGUUCUUUGGCAAAUGCUUUCCCAAGUGUGCAAUGCCAGGGUGAGCUCACUAAAUGCUUGAUAUUCCAACAGCUCUUCAGUGCUUAUGAGACCCAUGACACUGAUGAGAACUACAUUCAGUGCUUGGUUGUCCAAGGGAAGGGCACUAGAGUCUUUGCUGUGCAGCCCAUCAAGAAGCAUGACUUGGUUUUGGUGCCAAUGUGUGAGAAUGUAGGGGCGAUUGGGUUUGAAGAGCCCAAGAGCAAACUGUUUGGUAGUGGCAAAUGGGAUGGCAAAUGUUUCUACACAACACCACCCAAGCUUGCCAAAGAUUUGAAAGAGUCAACAGUGGUCCCAUACUUUUUGGUGAAAGAGAUUGAUGAUGGUCAAAUGGCCCCAUUCACACUUGAUCUUGGAAAGCUGAAGAUUGUUGCUUUGAGAAAUAGCUGCGCCAUUGACAAGCACCAAGAAAUUGGGCUGGUGAAAGCUGAAGCUGAGCCACCAGCUAAAAAGAGAAAAGCUUAG